AUGGCUACGGUGGUAGACUGCGGAGCAUACAGCUUCAAAGCUGGUCAUUGCAUGGAUUCAAAACCUGGCAUAGUUAAGGAGUGUCCGUUUGGCUUCCAGGAAUGUUUGCGAGAUGCUCGUUUUUGGCAUUCUCUGAUAGGGCAAAGAUCCCAGGACUUGAUCAUUUCGGUGCCUGUGUGGACAUGCAGAAAGACGAAGGAAAGCAUUUGUCAAUUACUCUUCGAAGACUUCGCAGCGAAAUCCAUUUGCAUGGUUAGCUCAGCUUUCCUGGUUGGCCUCGCAGCCCGGAGUUCGACUGCAUUGGUCGUAGAUAUCGGUGCAACAGGAACGACUGUUACACCAGUGGAAGAUGGCUAUCCGUUGACCGAGUGCAUCGUGCACGGCUCCUUGGGAGGAAAUGCACUGGAUGUGGCAAUGUUCCAGCUCCUGCAAGAUGCUGGCGCUGCACUGCCCGACGGCUUGUCUGGAGCUGAAGCUGGGAAAAUCGCGAAAGAACAGUUGGCUUGGGUGGCACAAGACUUCACCCUUGAACUGCAGAAGUUGAGGCGGAUGGAGGUGCCAUCGCAGCCACCAAAGCCAAGCAUGUGCGACUUCGUCGGCACAGGGGGCAAGCGCUGUGUUUUUCAAGCCAGCCGAGGAGAAGGGUUCAAAUGCGCAGAGUGUUUAUUCGACCCGACUGUCUGUCGUGCGCCUGGUGCUGCCAGCACGAUGCCACAGACCCCGCAGACAUUGCCGGAGAUGGUGCUGGCAAGUUUGCGAUUGCAGAGCAACAUCAACGUCCGUGGUCAGCUUCUGCAGAACGUUAUACUCGCUGGAGGCAUGUCGCAGUUGCCAGGUCUCCAAGAGCGACUGGCUACCGAGAUCAGGCACUGCAGCCGCUGGGUGGCGCCGGGUCAAAGUCAAGAAAUUGUCAAGGUCUGUGCGCCAAAACCUGGAUCGAUUCAAGCACCAGCCACAGACAGGUAA